GAUCCCGAGUCAGUCCACCCACUGGCAACCAACUGCCGGAAUACAAUGGUUACAUUAUCUUGAGGUGAAGAGCCGAGAUCUCAAGCAAACUUCCAGAACCUUACUGCGAUAUAGCACAGCUGACAGUAGCGAAUCUGUUGUGGUAAACCACUCAUCUGCAUUGACCUGCCACUGCUUUGUGGGCAAGCAUUCGCGCGGUCGCAAGCAUGGAUGCGCAGCAGAAGAGGAACAUCGUCAUCGUUGGCGGCGGCAUCAUCGGAUGCACCACGGCUUACUACCUCACACGCCACCCCAAGUUCAACCCCGCCUUGCACACCGUCACCCUCCUCGAAGCCACCUCCAUUGCCUCGGGCGCAUCUGGCAAAGCCGGCGGACUGCUCGCCCUAUGGGCCUAUCCCACCUGCCUCGUGUCCCUAUCAUACCGCUUACACAGCCAACUGGCUGCAGAACACAACGGGGCAGAACGAUGGGGUUAUCGACGCCUGGGAUGCGGUAGUCUGGCCGCCACAGUCAGCGCGCACGACAUCAAAGGCAGGACAUACAAACCGCCGUUACCGCCGAUGGAGAACGGCGCUCAUGGCGAACUCCCCAUACAAAGUACCGUUCCGGAUGAAAGGACCAAGGAUUGGGAGAAGCUUCCCAAGCAAGACGACAUGGCAGCUGGCCUGCUGCAAAACUCACCCUUGCCAGCCGACCUGGACUGGCUUGACGGCAGAUUGAUCCAGGGCUACGAAGAGAUGGGCUCACCGGGGGCAACGGAGACAGCCCAAGUUCAUCCAUUUCACUUUACUAACGCGCUUGCCGAUUUGGCAAAAGAAAAGGGGGUUGACAUCAGACUACGAGCCAAAGUGACCAAGAUAAAUGACGCCAAUACGCAUGGCAUACACAGUGUGGAGUACGAGGAUCGCAACACAGGGGAGAGGCACACCAUCGACGACGUGACCGACGUCGUCGUGGCCGCAGGGCCGUGGACCGGGAAACUACUCCCCCGGACCAGAGUAGAAGGCUUGCGCGCUCACAGCGUUGUCUUUGAAGCCGACGUCAGCCCCUAUGCCGUCUUUACCGAUAUCGAACUACCGGCAGACUACGUCCCGGAACACCGCGCCAGCCAGGGUCAGAAAAGACGGCAUAAGGGGAACGUCGACCCGGAAAUUUACGCCCGACCGUUCGGGGAGGUGUACGCUUGCGGCGAACCCGACAAAUCCAUUCCACUCCCAGCCACUGCCGACGAGGUAUCUGUCGACGAAUCCCAAUGCGACGACCUAAUAGCCUACAUCAGCACCAUCUCCCCCACCCUCGCCAAGGCGCCCGUCAAGGCCCGCCAGGCCUGCUAUCUGCCGCAGCACAUCCGCUUCGGGGAGCAGAGGGGUCCGCUGAUCGGACCGACAUCCGUCCCCGGGCUGUGGGUUGCCGCGGGGCACACGUGCUGGGGGAUACAAAACGGACCGGGGACAGGCUAUCUCAUGGCAGGCAUGAUUUUUGGGGAUAAGCCGGAUGACGAGGUGGGAAAGUUGGAUCCGAGGAAGUUCAAGGUUUGAGGCGAGGGUGGUUUUUAUAUAUACUACGUUCAGACAAUGUUACCUUACCUUUUAUAGGCGUUCAAGAAGAAUGGUAGCUCAGAACAUACCUCUAGCGGGUAACUC